CGGAUCUGCUAAAAUGCUCAUCGACAGUGAAGGCGUUAUCAAGUCGUGGAAGAAAUUAAAAGAAAUUUUACGAAACGAAUUUAUAAAUGAAAUAAACAGUGUUCAAAUACACGAUAUGCUGGUCAGAAGAAGACUGAAGAGGGACGAAAUCUUGCAGGAAUAUUAUUACGCGAUGAAAGAAAUAGCUGUUAGAUGUAAAAUAAAAGCAGAAGCACUCAUGAAAUACGUGAUUGACGGAAUUCCGGAGGACGCACAGGGCAAAAUGAUAUUAUACAGAGCUAAAAAAUUGAAAGACUUCAAGGAGAAGCUUAAAGUAUACGAAGCAAUUCGAAAGAAGAAUACUGAGAGGAUGAGAACGAGAGAGAAGAACACUAUGCCGAAGAAGCGAGGAAACCAACAACACCAAAAAGUGGCGAAAAGGAACAGGAGGCGAACGCUACAAUUGCGGCGAUAAAGGACACAAAUCUAAAGACUGUAAGAAGAAGGAAUUAGGUAAAAAAUAUUUUAAAUGUCAAAAAUAUGGGCAUACGGAAAAUCUGUGUAACGCGUUAGACGAUAGUGAAGCGGUAAUGAAUAAAAAGACGGCGGUAAUUAAUACGGUUACUGAUUCAUCGAGAAUGUUUAAACGAAUCGCGAUAAACGGUGUGCGAGUUAGUGCGUUAAUUGA